AUGACUCGCCUCCUUCUCUCAGUCCUUCUGGGCGUCCCCCUCGUGGCAGCCAUCCCGGCGCCCUUUGCACUGCCAACUCCCCCAGGAAUCCCCUCUACCGCUACCGCACAGUCCGAGCUGGCUGCUCUGACCGUCGCGCCUCAAGGCUCCGAGGAUGGAUACUCGCGCAAGCUCUUCCCCCACUGGAUUAGCCAAGGGGGCGGCUGCAACACCCGCGAGGUCGUGCUCGCCCGCGACGGUACCGACGUCGUCGAGAAUUCCAGUUGCUAUCCCACCAGUGGAUCGUGGUACUCUCCCUACGACGGAGUCACCUUGACGGUAGCCAGUAGCGUGGACAUCGACCAUUUUGUUCCCCUCGCCAACGCCUGGAGAUCCGGUGCAUCUGCAUGGACAACCGCGCAGCGCCAGGCGUUUGCGAACGACCUGACGAACCCUCAGCUGGUUGCGGUGUCGCAUACCGCCAACGAGGCCAAAAGCGAUUCUGGACCCGAGGACUGGAAGCCUCCUCUUACUUCGUAUUAUUGCACGUAUGCGAAGAUGUGGGUGAAGGUCAAGUAUGUGUAUAGUUUGACCAUUACCUCGGAUGAGAAGAGUGCUCUUGUUAGCAUGUUGGAUACUUGCUAG